AGGUCUAGCUUUGCCCCCUUUCAAAUACGGACUGUACAUGAACAAUGGUCUAACUUAGCCCCUUAGCAAUUUGAUCUUAACAUCAGCACUGUUCUAGCUACGCCCCCUAGCUAAUUGCGCAACCUGAUUGCGGCGUUUAUUACGAUAUAAUAAAACUUGUGACAGUCUCUAUGUUCUCAUUAAGCACAACCAUAUCAUUUUCCUAUUUACCCUGCCAUUCAAGGACGCACUUGAAUGGCUUUAUACGAGUUAUAAACCGCAGAAAUCAUAAUGCAUUUCAUUGGUUUUAAGCGCAAUAUCAGAUAAAGAAACGCGACGAUUUAUACCUGAGUGCAACUGGUAGUUUAUUGAUGUUCGGAUAUCUGGAGUGAUAUAAUGACUCAAUUUAAACGUGUUUGGUUAAUGGACGAUUUUGCUCAAAUCAAAAUGUUUUUGUUUAUAUUUUGUCUUAUAAUUUGUUGUGUUACUUUCGCAUCGGGACAAGACAAUGGCCUACAGAUUGACUUCCACAGGAUAUUGCAGCCUGGAUUAAGUCAAACAAUUUCACAAAUACAGGUUGACAGUUCAAGUACUGACACAUUCCAGGUUAUGUGUAGGGUGAACAAUGUGAAUGAUUUGUUUAAAAUCAGCACAUUGAGUGUACAAUUUAAGGCAAAUGCAAAUGCCCAGGUAUAUACAGACCUUGCCCGAUUGCAGAAUAUUGAUGCCACCGAUACAGUCACAUACCAGAAACCUGUGUUAGCAUCUGGUGCAGGUUCUAUUUGGACUGUAGGGGGAAGUUUUGGUUCAAACAGUUACGGAAAGGAUAGUACCUUGGGCGUGUCUCGUGCAGUUUCUUCUAUAACCUGUAGUAAUACAGUGGAGUACAGAUGUCAUCUUCUUUACUCAAUGCCCGCACCUGGAUAUAAUUAUGCUAGUGGCAUUAUUUCAAAAGAACUUGAUGUUAAAGUUUUACCAACCACCAUCACAAGGCAAGUCUACAACAUGAGUGGUUUGAAUAGCUCAUUUCCCAUAGCCAUUUCUGACAAGAUUGAAUUCUUCUACGUGGGACAAACUGUCAAGAUGGAGUGUUCGGCCAACAUCGGCUCCUACAACGGUACCGCCCAGAUCCGCUGGUUGAAAAGCAACAUUGUACCUGGCAGCCCCCUGGCUCCUUUCUAUAGUCCUGAUGCAGUCCUAGGUGAUCCCCAGUCCACAGGCAAUUGUGUGUAUCAACAGACGGACUCUGUGACUUACAAUAUAAUGGCACAGGAUGCUUCAAGAACGGCUGACAACAGACUUCAUUUCCAAUGCUACGUGUACAUUCCUGGUAGCAUGAACUGGGAAACACAUGAAGACCAAAGACAAAAUUUCAAAUUCAUUGUCUAUAUAACAGAGGAAAGUGGUUCUGAAAGUGCGACAACAGCAGAUCCUAGAAGGGAAACGUCUGGUGAUUACACAGAGCAAGUUACUCAAGUGCCGACCUCAACGGGAACAGUAACCGUAGAACUAUUUGGUGGAGUGGUUGGUGGAGUUGUUGCUCUAGCUGUCGUUGUUGUAGCUGUUGUCUUCAUUUCCAGGAGAUAUUGGGUUCCUUCAAGGCACACUUCAGACAAUACAGAAAAUACUAAAACGCAAUCACAUCCAGUGUUUGAGACACAGACAGCGCCACCUUACGAUAACCUGACUAGCAGAGAGCGAACGGAUUACACAGAAAUAGGCAUGACUGCUGAUGGACCAUUUGGUCCAAACAACGAAACGUCCUCUUAUGAGCGUCUUCACAUCAAAGAAAAUGCCGCAUAUACAGGGCUUGAAAGUAAUAAUGCACAGCGUUAUGAAAAAGAAAUACAACCGAGGCAAACUUAUGCCAGUCCCUAUGAUCAUGUAUAUACAGCGCCAUUGGAACAUCACUACACGCCACUUGGUAUGUAAAUGAUCAUUAUGAAUAGGAAUAUAUUUAGAAUAUGCUUUACAUAAUCGAGGAUUUUCGUUAACAACAAAGUACAAUAUAUGUGUAUGGUUAUGUUCUGUAUAUUUUUUAAAUGUAACACAAUUUACAC